CGACCAUACGCUGCUGAUCUUGCCCUAGCACGAACUGACGUAUGACUGGGUGGAGAGCAAGCACUAUGCUGAAAGGAACAAACCAGCGUUUUCCCCACGGUUCUUUCGCUUCCAAACAUUCGCAAUGGAAUCCUAGGUGUAUGCAGCGAACAUUCAGCACUUUCUAUGAUGCUCUGGAUCGAUAGGUUCGAGACAUUGCAGCCAUGGCGACCCAGGACCAAGAGCAGACGCGUAAAAAACCCAUCCUGCUCAGAGCGUGGGAAAAGCUUGGCCUCGAUGUACCGACCGUCACGAAGAUGGUGAAGUUUGCGUUGCCACCGACAGUUGCCUUGUGCAUAUGCCAAUCAGACACGGUUUUACACGCGUACGGCACGGUCAGCUACCUUGUCGCCGUUGGUGCUGUGUUAUCGUCUGGCAUGGCUCCGCGAGCCGCCUACAUCGAAGCUCUGAUAUCCAAUGUUGUAUUCCUUGGAAUAGCGGCGCUAGUCGCUAUAUUCGCCAUGUGGACCGUUAUCAAAGCACGAGAGACUACGUCGCCUCCGGGGAGUGCUCCUACCGCAUACAAUUCAUCCGCAUCAGCCGUCGCUGGAGUCUGGCUAUUUUUCCUUCUGUAUGUCAUCAAUUCUGUAAAGUUCACACGCCCGCAGUUUAAGUUUGCUAGCGUGAUGAGCUCGAUAUUGGCCACAAUAACGAUGACAUACGCACCGCAAUUUCCGAACAUGGCGAGCGCCCUUAAUAUGGUGAGAAGUCUAUACGGCGCCCUCAUGAGUGGCAUCGCAAUCACUACAGUGAUCUCGUUGCUUUUCAACCCAACUUCGUGUCGGCAGGUUGUCUUCGCGGAUAUCGAAACGUACAUCACCCAGCUGCGAGCAUUGCUAGAAAGUGAACGCAAGUACAUGACUAGUUUGGAACUUCAAAAUCCAUUCCGCAGCCAUGAGGAAGGAGAAAACGUCCUGGAAAAGGUGCAGGCUCUACGAAGCGCGCACGGAAAGCUGUUCGCAGAUAUGGGUUCCGCGAAGAAAGAAAUUGCGUACGGCAGGCUUCUUCCUAGCGAUCUUUCUGAAAUUCAACGUAUUCUUCGGCGCAUAUUCUUACCGGCCGUGGGCAUUAGCUCUAUUAUCAGCAUUUUUCAACGGCUCGCUCUGCAUCAUGGCUGGACUUCAGCUGAAACUGAUGUGGAGACAGCAAGCGAGCACCAUCUCAGCAUGGAGUACCAAGACAUUAUGAAGAGCCUAGACAAGCCAAUGAAUCGUCUACUUGACGUUCUAGGCGAUGCUUACGACCACGUGCUUUAUCGUCUCAGGCUAAGAGGCUGGAAAAAGGUGCGCGAUAGUUUACGGGCGGAAGAGAGCGGUUCCAACUACGACUCAAAACCCGGUCAUGACACAUUCGUUCGCCACCUCGAGGAUGAAGUAGAUCUUUUUUACCGUACUAGAAUCGAAAUACUGAGAACUUGGUGCGAGCAUCACAAUAUCAAACUGGCCCCUGACUCUUUUGAAUCUGAUUUCACAUGGAUUACAAACAGCGGAGAGACACUCUUUGGCACCCCCAUGCAGAGACAAUUGUUUGUAGUCCUCUACAUCGAAUUUUUGCUCUGGUCCGCUGCUCGAUCUACAUUAUCGCUGGUGCGAUUCGCUGACUCCAAAGUCAAGGAUGGAACCAUGUUAAAGAAGCGCCUAAUCUUACCCGGAAGGAAGACCGUGCUUAAAUGGAUCAACACUUUCGGUAGAUCUGAUAACGAUGACAGUCUUGACAGUCAGGGUAUGAAUCGCUCCACAGCUGAUACGACUCGGACACUUUGGACGGAUACGUUCAAAGGUUUUCGGAAAGAUCCUGAGCAUUUGCCCAUGACAAAUCCGCUUCAAAACAUCGGUCGCUUCCUAAGGGCUUUUGGUAAGAUGCUGCGAUCACAUCAUUCGCAAUUUGGUUUUCGGCUCGCCUGCGGAGCAAUGUCUAUUGAGAUCAUCGCUCUCCUUUCAGACACACAAGUCUUUUUCGUAGAGCAGCGCCUCUUCUGGGCUACCAUAAUGGUUGCCGUAUCAAUGACGAGGACAUCAGGCGAAGCAUCUUUCAUCUAUUUCCUCCGCAUGUGUGGCACAUUCAUCGGAGCAGUAUUCUGUUACAUCAUGUACUAUAUUGUAAAUGGACACACAGCUGGAGUGCUUUUCUUCUAUUUCAUUAGCAUCGCGAUGUUCGGGUACUUUCCGGCAAAGAAGCCACGGCUUUCGCUAGCUGCAGUGAUUGGCACGAUCACGAGCACAAUCGUCAUUGGCUACGAGCUUCAGGUCCAGAAAACCGGCACGAAUUACGGAACUGGAAUCAAGCCUAUAUACUACCCCAUUUACCUGCUUGCACCAUUUCGAUUUGCAACAACGAUCGCUGGGAUCUUUGUUUCCUACAUAUUCACGAUAUUUCCGUUUCCAAUAUCAGAAGGCUCAGAGAUACGAAAAGACCUUGGCGUAGCUCUGUACACUCUUGCAAGUCACUACUCAUUAGUGCAAGAAACAGUCACAGCGAAUAUCACCGGUGAACAUGGAGAUCUCAGCAUCAGAACAAGUCCUGGAAGAAAGCUCGAGAGAGCUCGAGUAAAGCUCAUGGCAAAGCAGAUGCUCCUUUUGCAAAGCAUGCGAGCCCAGUUAAGUUUCACAAUUUGGCAAUUUCCGCUUGAUGCGCCUUUCCCAAAGGAAAGAUACGAUAAGAUCAUCGACUUGAUUGAGAACAUUGUCAAUUUCACUGCGCUCAUUGGAUACGCUUCAACGAGUCUCAAUCUGACAGAAGAGGAAGCCAAACCUGAAACUCUGGAGUGGCACCAAAGCUUUCGUAUUCUUCAAGACUCAGUUCAGCAGACUUCGGAUGAAAUCACUUCGUUACUGUGCUUACUAUCAUCAAGCAUUCUGUACGCUCAGCCCUUGCCUCCUCAUCUCCACGUCCCGGCUCCCUACUCUUUGCUGCAAAGGAUGCAGGCAACGAACCGACACAUCUUAGAUAUUUCACACGUUGCCGAGAAAGGAUACUCUGCUUUUGCUGUGCUCCAGAUAGCUAGUCGUUCAAUCAUCUUGGAUCUCUAUGAGCUCGUAGACCACAUUCGAGAACUCGUGGGCCAGCUCGAUUUCUCAAAGCCAUAUAGCUCAACAUCUCUUAGUCGCUAUACUACGUCGAAAAGCAAGCAAUAUUGACAUUCAUCACACAAAACAAAAAUCAAGUCCAAUGACUCACAAAUAGAAUAUCACUCUAUCAUAUUCUUAUG